UAGUGGAUUAAAGAGCGCCCUUUCUUCGAUCUAGUCCCAUACUUUUACUCUCAUAGUUACACCACAGCCCACUGCCCUUUUUCAAUAGUCGUCUGAAAGAUUAAUUGUAUGCGUGGAAACUUUGCCUGAAACUCCUACGUAAAAUCCUCCUACAGCCCAUUGUACCGACCCACCGACGGCCGCAAUGGAUACCGACUCUUUAAAAAGAACCAUCACGCGCGCGACAGAAGCGCUUCUGCACGACCAGAAAUCCGAUGGCCAUUGGAUCUACGAACUAGAAACCGACGCAGCCAUCACAGCUCAGUACCUCCUAUACUUCCACUACUUCGGCGAGACACCCGACCCCAUCCGCGAGCAAAAACUCGCCAACUGCCUCCGCCGCACCCAACUCCCAACCGGCGGCUGGGCGCUCCACACAGACGGCCCGAUGGACAUCCACCCCAGCACCCAGGCCUACUUCGCCCUCAAGAUGGCCGGCGACCCUCCAGACGCCCAGCACAUGACCCUCGCCCGGGACGCCAUCCUCCGCGCUGGCGGUGCCGAGGCCGGAAACGUCUUCUCGCGGAUUUUAUUCGCUCUCUUCGGCAUCGUCACCUGGGACGCUGUACCCAUGAUGCCCGUCGAAAUCAUACUCUUACCCCAGUGGUUUCCCUUCCACCUCUCAAAGAUGUCGUACUGGGCACGUGCGACAAUGGUCCCACUCCUAGUUUUGUGCGCUAAGCGACCGCUCGCGCGUAACCCUCGCGGUGUUCGCAUCGAUGAGAUCUUCAUCACCCCACCCAGCACCGUCGGGUUACUUCCCCGCCGUCCACAUCAAAGUUUAGGUUGGUUUACCUUCUUCCGCUUCGCGGACGCUUUUUUGCGUGUGCUGGAUCCGUUCUCGCCGAAGUUUCUCCGACAGCGGGCAAUCGACACCGCGGUGAAGUUUGUCGACGAACGACUCAACGGUGAGGACGGCCUUGGCGCUUCCCUCCCACCAAUCCUCUACUCUAUGAUAAUGUACGACGUACUGGGUGAUCACUCUUCCCGUGCCAUCGCCCGUAGUGCACUAGACAAACUUCUCUUCAACCGCAUCGACGAGGACGAGGCGUACUGUCAAGUGGUCCUAUCGCCAGUCUGGGAUACAGUUCUCGCUGCUCAAGCACUCUUGGAAACCCGCGACCAACACGCCCUGACCGCGGCUCGCCGUGGCUUGGAAUGGCUACGUCCGCGGCAGGUCCUAGACGUGCACGGUGAUUGGACCAUAACGGCCUGACCUCCGACCUGGCGGCUGGGCCU